UUCUAUUUUCUCAGCCCAUUUCUUUCUUAAUCGUUUCGCUGUUGUUGUAUUGCUCUUCUUCUUGUAGACUGAAAAAAGAAGAAUUACAGAAAUUCCCCAUGAAAAUUUCGGAGCUCCUUCCAAGAAUCUAAACCUAUAAUCUUCAUCCUCGGCCACACUUUGUUAGUUUCCAUUCCAUUGUUUCGAUAUCUUAUAACUGCAAAAUUUGUUGAGUUUCUUGAUCCAUAUCCAGCAUAGUCUUGUAAUCUCAGAAGUUGAAGAUGCAGUUGUUCAUCGUGGAGUAUUUGAUGGGGAUUUGCUGCUGACUCCAUUGAAGAGAUGCAUUGUGAAUUUUGAGAGGUCAGGAUUUCAUAGGUGCAGAAGAGAAUUUCUGACUUUCUGCUACUCCCCAUCUGGAUGAAUUCUGUGGCUCCUUCAGUUCAAUAGGUUCUAUGACUAAUAUGGCUCUUCGAAAGUUUGUUUAUGGUGAUACACCUUCCAUUAACUUGAAACGUUCAAGUCUCCCCAUUAAGGCGCAUCAACAAACUCGAUUUGAAGAACUUGAAACUAACCAGACAUCGGAGCCUGAUGUAGAAAUUGACCUUAGAGAAGUUUAUUUUCUUAUCAUGCACUUUCUUUCAUCUGGGCCAUGUCAUAGAACUUGUGGGCUGCUCUGGGAUGAGCUUUUUGAACAUCAGCUUUUACCCCGACGAUAUCAUGCUUGGUUUUCUAGAAAUGGGAUGCAAAGUGGGCAUGAAAAUGACGAUGGCUCGUCAUUUCCUUUAAAGUACCAGCACUUGGUGGAGAGGUAUUCACAUGUCGAUAAGGACCACCUGAUAAAACUUUUGAAGCAAUUGAUGCUUAGCAAGGCCUCUCCAUCUGGAGGUAUGAAUGGUGCAAUUGCUCCAAAUGCAGCUGACGUGCCUACAUUAUUAGGAACGGGCACAUUUUCACUUCUGAGCUAUGAUAAAAAUGAGGGAGCUAGCAAGCCAAGUGGUCCCCCAGCACACAUGCGUUGGCCUCAUAUGAAAGCUGAUUCUGUUCGUGGAUUAAGUUUGAGAGAAAUUGGAGGUGGUUUCUCCCGACAUCAACGUGCACCUUCUGUACGUGCAGCAUGUUAUGCAAUUGCUAAGCCAUCAACAAUGGUGCAGAAAAUGCAAAACAUAAAGAGGCUACGAGGGCAUCGGAAUGCUGUCUAUUGUGCAAUUUUUGAUCGCAUGGGAAGAUAUGUGAUAACUGGAUCAGAUGAUCGCCUUGUAAAGAUUUGGUCAAUGGAUACUGCAUAUUGCUUGGCAAGCUGCCGAGGACAUGAGGGUGAUAUCACUGAUCUGGCUGUAAGUUCUAACAAUGCUGUGGUGGCAUCAUCUUCAAAUGAUUUUGUUAUCCGUGUUUGGCGCUUGCCUGAUGGGCUACCAAUUUCAGUCUUGCGAGGACAUACUGGUGCUGUUACUGCCAUUGCCUUCAGUCCCAGAGCUGCAUAUCAGCUUCUUUCAUCGUCAGAUGAUGGAACAUGUAGGAUAUGGGAUGCUCGGAGCUCUUCUCAGAGUGCUCCUCGGAUUUAUGUUCCAAGACCUUUGGACUCUGUGACUGCUGCAGCAAGAAACAGCGUCUCUUCCGUGAGUACUCUUCCUCAGAGCCAUCAAAUAUUUUGCUGUGCAUUUAAUGCUUGUGGAACUAUUUUUGUUACUGGUAGUUCUGACACUUUAGCCAGGGUAUGGAGUGCCUAUAAAGGAAAUAAUGAUAACCCUGACCAACCAAAUCAUGAGAUUGAUGUGUUGGCUGGCCAUGAGAAUGAUGUCAACUAUGUGCAAUUCAGUGGAUGUGCAGUAGCGUCAAGAUUUACAACAACUGACAUUGCGAAGGAAGACAAUGUUCACAAGUUCAAAAACUCCUGGUUCACUUACGACAAUAUAGUUACUUGUUCUCGUGAUGGCAGUGCAAUUAUUUGGGUUCCAAGAUCACGUAGGUCACAUGGGAAGGUUGGCCGCUGGACCCGUGCAUACCAUUUAAAAGUGCCACCUCCACCCAUGCCUCCACAGCCUGCUCGAGGCGGUCCUCGUCAGAGGAUUCUUCCUACUCCUCGUGGUGUAAAUAUGAUAAUUUGGAGUCUAGACAAUCGUUUUGUCUUAGCAGCUAUAAUGGAUUGUAGAAUUUGUGUUUGGAAUGCUUCUGAUGGAAGCUUAGUGCACUCUUUGACUGGUCAUACUGAAUCUACGUAUGUACUCGAUGUUCAUCCUUCUAAUCCAAGGAUUGCUAUGAGUGCUGGAUAUGAUGGGAAAACAAUAGUUUGGGAUAUUUGGGAAGGCACACCAAUUCGGAUAUAUGAAAUUUCUCAUUUCAAACUGGUCGAUGGCAAGUUUUCAUCAGAUGGGACAUCAAUUAUACUUUCAGAUGAUGUUGGACAGCUAUAUAUAUUAAGCACAGGGCAAGGAGAAUCCCAACAGGAUGCCAAGUAUGAUCAGUUCUUUCUCGGUGACUAUCGCCCACUUAUUCAGGAUCCUUCUGGCAAUGUCGUCGACCAGGAAACUCAACUCACUACUUACAGGCGGAAUUUGCAAGAUCUCCUUUCUGACUCAGGCAUGAUACCUUAUCCAGAACCUUAUCAGACUGCAUACCAGCAAAGGCGUUUGGGUGCCAUGGGUCUGGAAUGGCGUCCAUCUUCUCUAAAAAUUUCUGUUGGGCCCGACUUCAAUCUCGACCCAGAUUACCAAUUGUUGCCUUUGAUAGACUUGGACAUGUUGAUUGAACCAUUGCCUGAGAUUGUAGAUGCAAUGGAUUGGGGACCAGAAAAUGAAGUACAAAGCGACGAUACCGAUUCAGAAUAUAAUGUCCCUGAAGAUUAUUCUACUGGUGGGGAGCAAAGAAGUCUAAAUUCGAACUGCUCAACUGAUCCAGAAUGCAGCUCUGAAGACACAGGGAUCGACGAUGCCCCUGCUGAUGGUCUUCGAAGAUCAAAUAGGAAAAAACAGAAAGCAGACAUGGAGGUCAUGACUUCUUCAGGAAGGCGUGUUAAAAGACGGAAUAUGGACGAGUAUGAAGGUGAUAUAGUUAGGAGUUCCAGAAGCCAGAAGUCGAAAUCUGGCCAUAAGCCUUCCAAAAAGAAAUCAGCAUCUAAGUUGUUAAGACCUCAAAGAGCUGCUGCACGUAAUGCCCGUAAUUGGAUAUCAUCAUUUAAGGGAAAAUCUACAGAUGGAGAAGAUGAAUACAACUCGGGAGGUGAUUGCUCAGAAAGUGAAUCUACGUUAGAAGAUUCAGACAUCGAGAGCGAUGAAUACAAAAGGUCAUUGCAAAACAGAAAUAAGCAUUCAAAAGGGAAAGAAGUAUUUGUAGAUGGAAUCGAGGAGACAAAAUCUCUUGAUGUUCCUGAAUCUCGUGUGGAUGUUGGAAACCGAAAGAAGUUGAUUCUUAAAUUCUCCCUUCGGAAUCCGAAUAAGGUCGAUCCUCCUUUAAACACAACACUUACUUGUUCCAACAUGGCUGUUGUGGCUAGCUCAUCAUCAAGGUCCCCAAAGGAAGAUAUUGAAACCAGUCAGAUUCUUAUGAGAUCAGAGAGGCAAUUUGGAAAUACUGAUGGACAUUCUGAUCUGACCGAGGUCUACACAAAUGGGAACAUAAGAUGGGGAGGUUCCAGGGUUCGUUCAUCGAAGCGCAUAAGAUUAGGCGAAACUAUGCCUUCUGAGGCAUAUGCUGCAAUGUCUAGUUCGCUUCCCGAUGGCGAUCAUAAUGAAAAUGAGAACGACGUUCGUGAAUCUUUAGAACAAGAAAAUCAUUUUGGUACUCCAUCCCCCCAUUCAAAGAUGGAGAAUUAUUGUGCAGAGAAAAUGGGCGAUGGGGAUGAUGAUGCUUCUGGGAAAUCUCAGGAGGUUGUCAACGGUGGAGACGUUAAACGUGUCAACAGUAAGUCGAGUGAUCAUGAUGAUUCAAAUAAUUUGAAUUUAAUGUUUCCUUCAGAUGCAACGACCACAUCGGUUCAAAAUGGGAGCACUGCUUCUGAGCAAACUGGAAAUAUUGCACCAAUGCGUGCAAAGAUCAGGUUGAGGAGUGUUUCUUUGGACCCUGAACAUUCUCUGAAGCACAAAAUAGAAUCCUUGGAUGAAAGCUCAAAGAAUGAUGAAUACAAUACGGUGUUCGGAAGCCCUCGGCAUCUGAAUGUGCUGCAGGAGGAUGUCAUGAAUGGAGCUUAUUCUGAUCAUAGAAAUGAUUGCCCACAAGAUAUAGAUACUCCAAAUGAUGAAAAACUAAUGUCAACCUUGUGCAACUCUGAUGAGUUGCAAGCAGUAGAGACUAACAAAAUGUUCACUGCUGUUUAUAGAAGAUCGAAGUCAAACAAAGGAAAGAGUAAUGCAGAAAGCAACGGUUGUGGCUCAGGUGAAAAUGCUUCGGGCAACAUUAGUCUACCUGCUGAAGCAGACGAUCACAAAAGUAUGCCUCGUAAGACACGAUCUUUGAGGUUUAAGGAUGCCUCAUAUGAACUAAAUAAUGUGGGUGAUGAUCUUAAAUCGGACAAAGAUCAGGAAUCUGAACAUAGAUCAAGACGUUCUGCAAAUUUUUCUGCAAACAGAUCCCAUAUACCAAGUGAAGAGUGGGGAUCAAGCUCAAGGAUGACAGUUGGAUCGAGAUCCACUCGUAACAGGAGGAGUAGUUUUACUCAAGACAUAAAUCCUGUGGAAAGAAGAAGGUCGGUUCAAUAUGCCCGAAAAGGAUCGUGGUUAAUGAUGCCCGCACAUGAGGGUGGCUCCAGAUAUAUACCCCAACUUGGGGACGAAGUUGCGUAUUUGAGGCAGGGCCAUCAAGAAUACAUAGAUCACUGUUGUACAAAUUACUGUCACACAAAAGACACCGGACCUUGGACCUCAAUCCGAGGACCUGUACGAGCUGUUGAGUUCUGUAAGGUUGUCGAGCUUGUUUAUUCUACUUCUGCAGGUUCUGGAGAUAGUUGCUGUAAAAUGCUACUCAAAUUCAUAGAUCCUACUUCCCAUGUCUACCUCCAAUCUUUGAAGUUAACUCUGCCCGAGUUGACUAGUUUCCCUGACUUCUUAGUUGAAAGAACUCGGUUUGAAGCGGCAAUGCAGAGGAAUUGGACAUUCAGGGAUAAGUGCAAAGUGUGGUGGAAAAACGACGUCGGAGUAGAUGGUAGUUGGUGGGAUGGUCGGAUUGUCUCCGUGCAGGCAAAAUCUUCGGAGUAUCCAGAAAGUCCUUGGGAGAGGUACACAAUUAAGUAUAGGAGUGAUCCUGCAGAACCACAUUUACAUAGUCCUUGGGAGCUGUAUGAUACUGUUACUCAGUGGGAUCAGCCUCGAAUAGGCGAUGAAAACAAGGCGAAGUUGUUAACUGCCUUCGACCAAUUAACGUCGACUUCUAUGCAGGGUCGUUACGGGAUUCAAGAUUUGAUGCUUCUCGCACGAAAGACACAAUACAAGAACAGGUUUCCUGUACCAUUGUGCCUUGAGAUAAUCCAGGAAAGAUUACAGAAUGAUUACUACCGAAGCUUGGAAGCUUUGAAGCAUGACUUCAUGGUAAUGCUAUCAAAUUUCGAGUCAUUCGUGGCAAAGAAUGAAGACAUGUCGAAGAAAAUUAGACGAUUGUCGGACUGGUUUAGUCGCAACAUAUCACCUUUGUAGAUUCUUGUAAAAUACGCCUCUUAGCAUUCUAAGAAUUUUGGUAGAAAUUAUUGGCCAAUGUUAGGUUGAAGCUCACUUGGGCUAUUUAUCUUGAUUGUAGAUAAUUCUUUUUCCCUAUUUGAUCAUAUCAAUGCCUUUCAUUCAAAUCCUUAAGGAAAUUAGAGAGGGAAAGAUGGGGUGGAGGUGCCAUCUUUCACCUGGAUUCAUUUGUGUAUACAAUACUCUAUCUUUCACAUCCACAGCAAUAACAAAUGAAAAAUCAGUAUUCAGCA